AUGGAAGCCGGGACUGCAGCUGCCUGCAAUCUGGACCUUCCCGCCUAUUCGCGAGAGCGUUUUAAAAGACCGUUGCGCGUGAACGUGAUACACCCAGAUCUUGGACUUGGUGGAGCGGAGCGUCUUGUUUUGGACUUCGUGCGUGCAUCUUCUUCACUCGGUCACCAGGUCACACUCUAUACCGCACACCAUGAUGAGAAGAGAUGUUUUGAAGAUACAGUCACUGCAGAAGGCAAACGUGUACCGUGGAUACAUCUUCACGCAACAGUACUCCCACGGAGUGUUUUCAGACGUUUACACGCUAUUUGCGCGAGUCUUCGAUGUCUUUGGCUUGUGUUUGUCGCUCUAUGGAAAGACUACGGGAAAGUUGACGUGUGGUUCUUGGAUCAGGUGCCACUGCCACUGAUCGUGCUCAAAUUAUUCGCGCAGAGAACAGUUUUUUACUGUCACUUCCCGGACUGUCUGCUAUCUUCUCACGACACACUACUCAAACAGCUCUACCGCCUGCCAAUAGACUACAUUGAAGAAAGUUGUAUCGGGAUGGCUGAUGAGGUAGUCGUCAAUAGUUAUUUCACGCAAGAGAUGUUCGCACAAACUUUCCAACGGCUGUUUGUGAGGGGAGUUUGCCCCAAAGUCGUUUAUCCAACGGCAUCCUUUGAGGCUGAACCUUGCAUCGAAGAAACGGUACAGCGACGUCUGCAACACGAAUUUGGCCAAGCAACUGCACUGAAAUGGAGCCAAAAGACGAUAUUCCUAUCGUUAAACCGCUUCGAUUCAAAGAAGAAUCUAUCCCUUGCGAUUCACGCAUUCUACGACUUCAGUCAACAAAUUCAACAGUCAACUCCUAAACAUGGACACGUUUUAAUUAUCGCAGGAGGCUUCGAUGCAAGGCUAUCUGAUAAUGUGAAGACGUUGGAUGCUCUCGUCAGCCUCACUAGAGAACUCGGCGUAUCUGAUGAUGUUUUCUUCUUACCGUCAGUAAGUAAGAGUCAGAAGGAAGCGCUGUUGAGUUGCAGCAUGAGCAUCAUUUACACACCGGAGCACGAGCACUUCGGUAUAGUCCCACUCGAGGCUAUGUGUUAUCAAAAACCCGUGAUAGCGUGCAACAGUGGUGGCCCGAGAGAAACAGUGAUACAUGGUUUGACAGGUUUCCUAUGCGAAAGUAACCCAGAGAGUUUUGCACGAGCAAUGAUUAGACUUUCAAACACUCCAAAGCUUGCAAAGGAGAUGGGUGUCGCAGCAAAGACAUACUUUAACGAGCAUUUUCAUAUGUCGGCGUUCAUACGUAACACAGAGUGUGUUUUACAAACAAGUAUGACAGUGCAGCCAAUCAAUCGCGAUGUCCCUGGAAGACUUCGGCUAUCAUUCUACAUCAUACUUUUCACGACAACUCUGUUGGCGUUACUUGUCCGUUCUCAGUACUCCUGA